AUGUCUCGAAACUUAGAAAAAGAGUUGUUUGUCUCGGGUACGACUGGUUCCAGCGUCCUUGAGACGACAGUGAUGAUAUGCAUCGGUUUUGCUUGUUGUGUGCUUUGGACAUCGAUGAAAGUCCGGAAAAUACUUCCUGCCCAAGGAUUUGCGAGCUUUUUUUUUGAAUUCUGCAUUUUUGGGCUCGUUCCUCUGUUAGCUAUGCAUAUUUCGGGAAAGGUUCAUCCUGUGGUCUUAACCCUAGCUUUCCUAGUCCCUUCUGUGUUCCUUCAUUUUGCCAGUCCAGUAAAUUGGGAUUACUUAAAAAGAUUUCGAAACAACAAGGGAAAGGCAAGUGCUGACUAUGCUAAAUUCGAUCGUCGUAUCGCUUCCGUGACAUUUUAUCGUUCGCAAAUGAUGCUUGCAACUAUAACUUGUAUUCUUGCAGUAGACUUUCCUUUCUUCCCAAGAAAGCAUGCAAAGGUAGAAACCUGGGGAAUCUCCCUCAUGGAUUUCGGUGUGGGCUCUUUUAUGUUCUCCUCUGGUACCGUUGCUGGCCGGAAAAAUGAUAUCCAACAUCCUGGAGCAUUUCGAAAAGUGCUUUUCAAUGCUUCUAUUUUGUUUUUACUAGGUGUUUUUCGGAUCUUUUUGACCAAAGGAAUCGAGUAUCAAGAACAUGUCACGGAAUAUGGCGUCCAUUGGAAUUUUUUCUUUACACUAAGCUUCAUGUCAGUUACGAUAUUUAUAAUUCGAAAGGCUCUCUCAAAACUUUCUUACUUCUAUCUUGCUACAUCAGUAACUCUGAUCCAUCUUUUUUUGUUGGUUUGUACGCCUUUCCAGAAAUGGGUAUUAGUGGCUCCCCGUACAAGUUUAAUAUCUCAAAAUAAAGAAGGGAUUGCAUCUUUGUUGGGUUACACAUCGAUUUUCUUGUACGGAAUGCAUGCUGGAAGCAUAAUACUUGUUGACCGACCACGACUGUAUACUCGCGCAGAGUCAUGGAAACGAUUCCAAAAGCUUAUAUUCCCGUUACUUUCCUUGAUAACUUUGUACUUUGUUUCUGGUUUCUUUACAAACGGGAUCUCCCGUAGACUCGCAAACACGCCUUAUGUAACUCUAGUCGCUUUUGUAAACAUGCUUACCUUGUGUUCGUACUUAUUAUAUGAUGCAUACGUAUUCCCACCAUCUUUUUCUUAUUCAGAUCGUGUUCCUAGAAUCUUAGAAAAUGCAAACAAUAACGGUUUGUUUGUUUUUCUUUUGGGAAAUCUUCUUACUGGUUUAGUAAAUAUUCUCGUUGACACAUUGCAUAGUAGCAAUUUUAAAGGAUUGCUUAUACUUACUGCUUACCUUCUCAUUAUUUGUUAUGGAACUAGUAAACUUCAAGAGUGUGGAAUUCGCUUUAGAAUUUAA